AUGGCAUUUGUUCUUCCCCAACUGCUCUUCCUCAUUCUCUUGUUGCUGUCCUUUUCAGCAAUUUCUCAAACUAAUGAUGGCAAAAUUAGUGUGGGAAGUACCCUCACUGCAGGUGCUGAGUCUGCCUUUUGGCUUUCCCAUUCUAAUGAUUUUGCAUUUGGGUUUCGAAAACUUGAUGAUAAUCACUACCUUCUUGCCAUAUGGUAUUACAAGAUACCCCAGAAAACCAUAGUGUGGUAUGCCAAUGGAGAUAAUCCCGGGCCACGACAAUCAAGAGUGGAGCUGACCAACAACAGCCUCAUUCUGAGACAACCGCAAGGUGAUCAAGAGUUGUGGAGAGCAGAGUUCCAAACUGCUACGACAAUAGCCUAUGGCCUAAUGAACGACACAGGCAACUUCAUGCUUGUUGAUACAAGUUCUAGGACCAAUUGGGAGAGCUUCAAGCAUCCAACUGAUACUUUGUUACCUACUCAGGAAAUGGAGAUAGGAGGCUCGCUUUUUUCUAGACAAAGAGAAACCAAUUUCUCAAGGGGGAGAUACGAGUUUCUAUUGCGUGAAGAUGGUAGUGCUGUGCUCAAUCCCAAAAAUGUGCUCAGCAACAUUACUUAUAAACCAUACUAUUACUAUAUCAGCGAAACUCGUGGUCUAGGAAAUGGCACAAAUUCUGGGUACAAGCUCAUCUUUGAUCAGUCAGGCUACUUGUACAUAUUGCUAAGAAACGGAAAAAGGUCUUUUAUCACCACACUGCAACUAGCACUAUCGCCUGCGAGAAAUUAUGUCCGAGCAACUCUCGGCUUUGAUGGGGUUUUCAGCAUAAGUUACUUCCCAAAAAAUUUUUCUGCUGCCAAUGGAACCUGGAGUGUCAUUCAAGCUGAACCAGAUAACAUUUGCCUCAAAGUUGGACCAAGACCAUGUGGUGACAACAGUAUUUGCACACUUAAAGAAGGUCAGAGACCAAGUUGUAAAUGCCCAAAAGGGUAUUCUUUGCUUGAUCCGGCGGAUGAGUACAGCAGUUGCAAGCCAGAUUUCAUGCAGGGUUGUGAUCAAGAUGGUGAUUUAUACUACUUGAAUGAGCUCCCAAAUACCAAUUGGCCAAAUUCUGAUUAUGAUGUGUUAAGGCAAUACAAUGCUACAGCCUGCCAAAGGUCUUGCUUGGAAGAUUGUCGAUGCGCUGCAGUAGUUCUUUCGGGCAGUAACUGCUGGAAGAAGCAUCUACCACUUUUGCAUGGAAGAGAGAACACAGGAUAUAGUGAUAGUGCUUUCGUUAAGUUGAGAAGCAUCCCACAAAGCCCAAUUCCUCAAGUUCCAAGGGCAAAGAAGCACAAAUCUUCGUUCGUUGUGGUAUCAGUACUAUUGGGCAGCUCUGUAUUUGUCAACUUCAUAUUGGUUGGUGCAAUGUGUUUGGGUUUCUUCCUCUACUACCAGAAGAAGCUCAAGGCAUUUGGUGCAGACAAAACUUGCGUGGAUAGUAAUUUGCGCUACUUCACAUACAAAGAGCUCAUGGAAGCCACAGAAGGGUUCAAGGAAGAGCUGGGAAGGGGAUCCUGUGGCAUUGUUUACAAAGGGAAAACCGCGGCGCAACCUAUUGCUGUCAAGAUUCUAGACAGAGUGUUAACAGACAAGGAAAAAGAAUUUAGAGCUGAAGUUCAAGUCAUAGGCCAGACACAUCACAAGAAUCUCGUACGACUUGUUGGAUAUUGUGAUGAGGGACAAUACAGGUUGCUAGUAUAUGAGUUUUUGAGCAACGGAAGUUUAGCAGGUUUCCUUUUUGGGGAUCUCAAACCUAGUUGGAGUCAAAGAAGCCAAAUCGCCUUGGGUGUUGCUAGGGGACUCUUUUACUUGCAUGAAGAAUGCAGCACCAGGAUCAUUCAUUGCUAUAUAAAGCCCCAAAAUAUACUCCUCGAUGAAAACUACAAUGCUCGCAUUUCAGACUUUGGAUUGGCAAAGCUGCUCCUCAAUCAAACCCAAACCAAGACAGGCAUCAGAGGAACAAAAGGGUAUGUUGCACCUGAUUGGUUCAGGCCUGCACCAGUCUCUGUGAAGGUCGAUGUGUAUAGUUUCGGUGUCUUGCUUCUCGAAAUCAUUUGUUGCAGGAGAAACGUGUACAUGGAACAUGGUGUUGGAGAAAAGGGAGUUUUGACUGACUGGGCAUACGACUGCUAUUGCGCUAGCAGAUUAGAUGCUCUCAUUCAAAACGAAAUGGAAGCCAUGAAUGACAUGAAUAGAGUCGAGAGAUUCGUGAUGGUUGCCAUUUGGUGCGUCCAAGAAGACCCUUCUGUAAGACCCAGAAUGAAGAAUGUUAUGCUGAUGCUUGAAGGUUUAGUUCAAGUUUCAGUUCCCCCAUCUCCAUACCCAUUGAGCUCCAUCAGCUAG